AUGUAUUCAUCAUCAAGACCUCCAACAUUAUCUGCUUCAUCUUUUCCUAUGAAGACUUCAUCCACCAAUUCAUAUCAGGAUUCUACUUCAAAUUCAUCCAGAUACUCUAAGCCAAUUGUAUGUCACAUCUGCUUCAAAGCUAGACAUUCUGCUACUGAGUGUAAUAAAAUGAUGAAUUUCACUUAUCAAGGAAGGCAUAUUCCUCAGAAUCUACAUGUUAUGAUGGCUACAGGUGCAACAAAUAAUAUUGGAACUGAUGUUUCAGAUCUCACUGAUUAUCAUUCUCACAAUGGAAAUGAGCAAAUUUCUACUGCAAAUGCUGAAGGUACACUUCAUGUUCCUUCAUCUUCUGCUAAGUUGUUAUCUGUUCAUCAGUUUACUACUGACAAUCAAUGCAGUAUAACUUUUGAGGGUGAUGAGUUUUAUGUGAAGGAUCUCAACUCUGGGAAGAGAAUUUUCCAAGGGAAGAGUAAUAAUGGACUUUAUCCAAUGCCUCUAGUGUCUAAAGACACCUCUACACCUUCAUCUUUAUCAUGUUUUGAUUCUUUUUCUCCACGAUUAGUUAAGUCUGAUGUUAAGGUUUCUCCUAGUUUGCUUUAUAUGCGCUUUGGCCAUCCUUUAUUUCAGUCACUUCAAAUAAUAAGUGGUUCUCUAAAUAUUGAUAUUGCUAAGAGUCCUAUAUUUUGUAGACACUAUGUUGUUGGUCAGUCACCUACAAUGAGCUUCACAGAUUCAAAUUGUACUUCUUCAACUGAUAUUCCUCUCUCAAGUACCUCUGAAGUGGUGCCUCCAUCCUCAUCAUUUGCAGAUACUUGUAUUUAUACUUCAGAAGCUAUCUCUGAGUCAGGUAUCCUAUCAUAUGAUAUUAUUUCAGAAAUUAUCUCAACCAACAAUCACAAUAUGAUUACCAGGGGAAAAAAUUAUAUUGCUAAAGCUAAAACAUUUUUUGGUACUAAACAUGCCCUGCCUUCUGCUCUUAUGGUUCAUGUUACUCCAUCAGUUCCUACUUCUUAUAAUCAGGCUUGUAAGCAUCCAAGAUGUUUAACAUCUAUGUAUAAUGAGAACCAAGAUCUCAAAGAUGCAGAUACAUGGAGUUAUGCUCUUCUUUCUCCAGGUCAGAACAUUAUUGGUUGUAAAUGGGUCUUUAAACUGAAGCAUAAUCUGGAAGGUAUUAUAGACAGGUAUAAAGCAAGACUAGUCGCCAAAGGAUACCACCAACAUGAGGGUAUUGACUAUGCAGAAACCUUUAGCCCAGUUGCUAAAUCUACUACCAUUAGAUUGAUUCUCUCUCUUGCAAUUCAUAAUGAUUGGAUGGUUAAGCAACUUGAUGUCAGUAAUGAAUUUCUACAUGGUGAUCUUCAAGAGGACGUUUAA